AUGGAGGAAAAAGCAAGCACAGCUGUUGUGGUGAUAGAGAACUCGACACCAAAGCAAGUGCGCACCUUGCUUGGGCAGCAGGCUGUACCAGAAAGCGCCGUCUCUGCCAAUGCAAGAGGCACUGUCUGCUUUGUACGCGCAAACUCCACGGAAGAGGGCUUGACGUUCAUGCAAAAGCUAUGCUUUCGACCGGGAAUGCAAAGCGGCACAUGGAUCGUCGCAUACGCACUUGUUCUGGGCAAAGCUGAGAAUGUGCUGUGGUUGCACGGCGUGCCUGUGGGUGCGUCGCUUGCCAACCACCGCAACAUGUUCGUGCACUUUUCCAACUUUGGCGGCAUCAUCAGGUUCACGCUGUCCCCCGCGUCGCGUGACGGCUGUCGAUCUGUCCGCAUUCACUACCGCACGCACGCUGCAAAGGUGGCAGCGAAACAGUGGCUGAAGGACCACGAAGGGCUGUGGAAGCAGUACGCGAAAAAAGGGCAGUGGCCUGCAACAGGCAGCGCCAGCAACAGCCGACGCUCAAGCACAAGCACCGCAGCGGCGCGACCAAUCACGCGCGCGAACGCAGUAGCACCACGCCCACCCCUGCAGCCUCUGCCGCCUGCAGCCAGUUUACUCUCGCCCCCUGAGUCGCAGCAAGAGACACAGGACGAUGCGAGCCAGGUGACAUUCACCCCAACCGCUACUGCCAGCACCAGCAGCAACACAGGAACUGCUGGCAGCGGCGGUGGCGUACGUGCGUUGAGGAAGGUGGUGCAGCCCCGGCGACGCGAUGACGACGACGAUGAUGGCGAUGAUGGCAAUGAUGACGAUGACCAUGAUGAUGGCAGUGAUGACGAUGAUGAUGUCGGCAACAGGCACAAAGGUUACGAUGAGGAUGAUGAUGACAACGAUGAUGCUGAUGAUGAUGACGAUGCUGGGGCGUUGCAGCUGCACGGUUUACACACGGGGAGCGGUGUUGGUCCGGUGCGCGCUGUGCCCGUCAAAGCCGUCAAGGCGGUGAAGAAGACACCAGAGCAGCAAGAGCAGCAGUCGCAGCAGUCGCAGUCGCAGUCGCACACGUUCACAGACGAGCUAUUUCGCGAGCUCAUGGCUGAGGGAGACACCGAACAGAAGGCUGAGGGGAAGGGGGAGGGGCAGGAGACAGAACCAGGGGAGGAUGCACACGUGGCGCAGCAUGGUGAAGGCACUACCGCUGCACAACAGCGACAGCAAGCCAUGCAGAAGAGAGGACCGGAACAAGCGGGCAAGAGCACUGAUGGUGAUGCUGUUGAGGGCGCGCAACACCCGACGCCAGCAACGCAGUUAGCGAUCGCCUCCAUGUCAGCAGAAAUUCCAACAGCAGCGACAGCAGCAGCCGUCUCCACCGCAGCCGCAACGCCCGCAGCAGGGGCCAGCGUGCCACAGACGUCCACAGUGGCGACAACGGACCCGAUCCAGAGCAUGCUGGGGUCAUCCCACUCGUUUGCCGAUGUGCUGACCGCGCUCACGUCAUCUCUGCAAGCGGCUGUCGAUGGGCUUCACCCCGGCUGUUCCUCCCUCGCCCCCGACCACCCCGCACACAAGUACACGCGCGCGCAGACGUUUGCCGAAACCGUGACAUGCACGCACUGCAUGCGUGCACCCGUGGAGUGGAUAUGCAGUUGUCGCACGCAGGUCUGCACCGCCUGUGCCAGCAAGCAGCAGCAACUCAAGCGUACGUAG